AUGUCUAAUACACUUCGUCCAUAUCUUACAGCUGUACGUUCAACUUUGACCGCUGCUUUAUGUCUAGAAAACUUCUCGUCCCAAGUGGCAGAAAGACACAACACACCUGAAGUCGAGUCAGGAAAAUCCAAAGAACUUUUAAUGAACCCUUUAGUUAUCAGUCGUAACGAAAACGAAAAAGUUCUAGUCGAACCCUCAGUCAACUCUGUUCGUGUCAGCAUCAAGAUCAAACAAGCAGACGACCUCGAGCGUAUACUGUGUCAUAAGUUUUCUCGUUUCUUGAUGAUGAGAGCCGAGAGUUUUGUUAUUUUACGUAGAAAGCCAGUCGAUGGAUACGAUAUUUCCUUCUUGAUUACCAACAACCAUACCGAACAAAUGUACAAGCAUAAAUUGGUCGACUUUAUUGUUCAUUUCAUGGAAGAAGUUGACAAGGAGAUCUCUGAGAUGAAGUUGAGUGUCAAUACUCGUGCAAGAACUGUUGCAGAAAGCUAUUUGGUCCAGUUUGCCUAG